AUGGCACAUCCACCACAUCACCCACCUGGCCGCCAGGGCCGGACGGGCCCCCAGGCCUCCCACCGUGUCCCCGAAGCUUCCGCAGCGGAUCUGUGGCUUGUUUUCUCUUUAAGUGGUGACUCAUGUUCUGGAGACAUCAUAUUGCAAGAACAGUACAUUCUCCGGGGCCCACACGGGAAGGAUGCAUUCAUCAGGACAGCCCAGGACAGACUGAGCACCGUGCCUGAGGGCCUCGCACCUCCGCAGUUCCCACAUCCCCCCGGAAGCAGCCAAGACCCUCGGAGCCGGCACAGCCGCCGCCUGCCCCAGAGGGACGGGUGCGCUGUGGAAACACAGCCUGGCAACCGUGGAGCAGCCAGCCCUUCACCCAGGUGCAUCAGCAUUCUGAACAGCACCCCGGAGGGUGGGGAGGGGGAUGGGAAACAGCCUCGCAGCAGCUUCCUCACAAGCCCCCCAGGCCUCCUGUUCCAGGAGGAACACUGGGCGUCCCGCCGGAGCUUAGCUCAGCUGUGGUCGGGCUUUGCAUGCGUGGCCUCUGUGGAGACUCACCACGGAGAGCCAGGGGGAGGGGCGGAGCCCGGGAGGAGGCUUGGUUUGGGUGCUGAGACCCCGGAAGAGAUGAAGGGGCUCAUGGAGGCCUCCCCCCAAGAGACACUUCUAGAGACAUCUUCUCCUCGAGACAACCGCUCGGGGUCCCCUCCUGGGGUCAGCACCUGCCAUGGACCAGCCGGCCAGUGUGAUGAUGGUGACAGUGAUCCGGGGAUUUACCUCCAGCACCUCACAGCCGCCCUGUGCCCCGAGUUCUCAGUCCUCAGCAGGCCUUGCCGGGGCCUUGCCCGGGAGCUGCGGGAAGGCGGCGUGGCCCCAGGCACGGUGGCCGGGACCAGGGGCGGGUUGGAGGGCGGCCCGGCGGCCCGCAGAGCGGCCAUCUGCUCCUGGGCUCCGAGCACGGCGCGCUGCAGAGAGGAGCGUGAGCUGGCAGCGCCCCCGGCGCGAGCAGAGCCGCGGCCACUCCGCGCCCCGACCGUGCUCCUGCCGACCGGCUCCAGGGAGGCAGGAAGGGCCGUUCUCGCUGCCUCCGAUUUCCUUUCGGAAAAGUACACAGAACAAAGAGCGCACAGCUGUGCACCCUCCGCACAGAAGUGA